GCAGAUUAUCGGGUCGAGGAGCCAUCAAUAUAUACGAGCUUUGGCAGGGACAUUUGGAAUUAAAUUGCACGGCUGUAUCGAGGACACCAUACAACAAUUCGGGUCCGACAUCUCAGGUGAAUAGAUGUCAUUAUUGGCCAAAACCUUGGUUAAUUCGUCCAUGUCAUAGCCAAAAAGUCAAGUAUUCUUUUUCGAAUAAAG